AAGAUACAGACCACAUUAGGUCUCAGCCACAGCUGCAGGACCCAGAGGUAGAUCUUGAUAGCCCCAGGAAGGACAGAAGAAGCCACCACAAGAGCAGAGGCGGCAGCAGCACAGUUCCCAUCUCUGUCCCACCGCUGCAAUGCUCCUAGCAACAUUUAAGCUGUGUGCCGGAAGCUCCUACAGACAUGUGAGCAACAUGAAGGGGCUGAGGCACCAAGCUGUGCUAGCCAUUGGCCAGGAGCUGAACAGAAGGGCACUGGGGGGUCCAACGCCCAGUGCAUGGAUUAACCAGGUUAGACGUCGGAGCUCUCUGCUUGGGUCUCGGCUGGAAGAGACUCUCUACAGCGACCAAGAGCUAGCCUAUAUCCAGCAGGGAGAGGAGGCCAUGAAGAAGGCCCUGGGCAUCCUCAGCAACCAGGACGGCUGGAAGAAUGAGAACCAGCAGAUGAAUGGGGACAGAGUGCUGAGUAAAGUGGUCCCAGAUGUGGGCAAGGUAUUCCGGUUGGAGGUGGUGGUGGACCAGCCCAUGGAAAGGCUCUAUGAAGAACUUGUGGAACGCAUGGAAGCCAUGGGCGAGUGGAACCCAAAUGUCAAGGAGAUCAAGGUCCUGCAGAAGAUUGGAAAAGAUACAGUCAUCACCCAUGAGUUGGCUGCAGAAUCAGCAGGAAACCUCGUGGGGCCCCGUGACUUUGUGAGUGUGCGCUGUGCCAAGCGCCGAGGCUCCACCUGUGUGUUGGCUGGCAUGGCCACACACUUCGGGGAGAUGCCUGAGCAGAAAGGUGUCAUCAGAGCUGAGCAUGGUCCCACUUGCAUGGUGCUCCAUCCCCUGCCUGGAAGUCCCUCAAAGACCAAGCUUACUUGGCUGCUCAGCAUUGACCUCAAGGGAUGGCUGCCAAAGACUAUCAUCAACCAGGUUCUCUCACAGACCCAGGUGGAUUUUGCCAACCACCUGCGAAAGCGCCUAGAGUCCAGCCCUGUUGCUGAAGCCAGAUGUUAAAGACCAGACUGCUUCUCCCAAGUGUUCUAGCUACAUGGGCCUACAUACGCGUGAGGAAAAUCGCUGCUAGACGCCUGCAAGUCUGCUUGAGAAUUUCAUCUGGGGAUGAAAUCUGGGGGGGUAGGGGGGGUAGCAGUAUAUUUAGAGUAUGACAUGAGGACUCAGACUGGUAAAGUGUUAGUACUAAGAAAACAGGAAUGAGGCUCUUAAAGAGGAAGAGCCUUCCAUUUCACUAACUGUGAAAUAUAGGUUAAGGAUCCCAAAAUAUUUUUAAAACUUUUUUUCUGGGCCCUUGACACCCAAAAAUAUCUUUAAAAUGUUACUAGGUGUCUUCUAAAAAUCUUGCCCAACUUUUCUUGAUGAAAAAAUACAAAACUAAUUAUUAAACUGCACCUCCCACUUCUUCCUUGAGCAAUCAGAAUAAAGAAUCUGACACAAAAACUUCUGUCUGUACCUGUUUUAAAAUUCUACUAAAAUUUUUUCUUCUUGUAAAUUACACCUUCACAUUAAACUAGUUUUGGGUAGAUUUUGACUAGUUAGACUAACUCCUCUAGCUUAUUAAAAGGAAACACUACUGGAGACCAUGUCAUUCAAUUAUUUAGAAUGUCACCUAGAAUCAUAAAAAUGUAAUUCUGUGAUAUGCACAAGCUGAAAGUUCUUAAAAAAAUUCUGUAACUGGCAGCUGACUAAUGAGUACUGUAAGAUGAUUGUAACUGAGGAUUUUUUAUUUUAACCUAAUAAAAAGGGAGGAUAAGCACCAUGUAUGAGAACAGCAUUACUAAGAUAAACAAAAGUAAAUUAUAUUCUCCCAUAAUCGACUAUUUAGACCUAAAAUGGGAACUGAAUCUUUAGUUCAGAGUAUAUCAGCUCUCAGCAUGGCUUAAACUGUCAAUUCUCUGCCUUAAUGAGUCAAUGUUUUACUAUUUUGAGAGGUGGCGGCUAAAAGGACUAUUCUGGUGAUAGCAAAUUCUCUUUCCAAGAUUCAGAAAACUUAUACUUUUUUUUUUUUAUUUUUAUUUUUUUUAUUUUUUUAUUAGAUAAUAAAUUUUAUUGUUAUAUUCCCCAUACAAUUGCAGCGCCCCCAUUCUGACCCCAAUCCCUCCCCUCCCGCCCCUGCCCCCCUAAAAGUGUCUCUGGUUCAUAGUUUUUUGUUGAUUUUGAUUUUCACUUUCUUAUACAGAAAACUUAUACUUUAAAAAUAAAAUUAGGAGGGGUUUAUUUUGCUAAAAUGUGUCAGAAGGAUGAAAAGCCAACAAUGGCCACUUGAACCUUUUCCCUUCUAAUCCUAAUAGCAAUGAUGAUUUAUUAACAUGAUUUGAAGAGCGCUCUAGUGUUUUAAUUAAACCAAUGAGCAUUAGUGGGAAUGCUGAUUAUUUAUUGAAGUAUUGACGUUUUAUUGAUAGAGGUAUUUAUUAUUAUUUAUUCUGAUUGCUUUAGUUUAUUUUUGGCAUAGAUGAAAUUAUUAUUUAUCCAUCCAGGAGUUUCAAAAGUCAGAGGGAUAGUUGAAGUAAUCAUAGUACAAAAUUAUCAUCCACUCCCACUUAAGAGAAGGUGGCUAUAUGUUUAAAGAUAUGUAAAGUGAUAUAUAUUCUUGUUUCAAGAGACAGACUGAUUAGAAAUGGGCUCACAACAAAUGCCAAAAAAUUAUAAUUUACUGAAUUUAGCUGAAUUAUAAUUUACUGUCUUAAAACUAUGCAACUGUAUCUUUGAGAUGACUGGGGAGUUAUUUUAUCAAUUGUUUAAUUUUGCACUGAAAUAAAGUAAGUUGUUGGUGAUGAUCUGUGUACAGAAACCAUUUCAUAUAGGACUAUAUGAAGACUGAGUAUACAUUGAGCCCUUCAUAUGAACCUUAUGGAAAUUCACAUACACUUUUUAAUAUUAACAGGCAAAGUCAUUACUUCUGUAACUUCUGAUUUAUGAAAGUCAAAUACACAAAAAUCUAAUUUUAUAAUUUAGCUAGAGAGCAACGGUACAACAUAUAUAUGACAAUUAUGUUACAAAAAUUAUACCUCCAAACUCCUCUAAGUAACACCACCCUCACUUUAUUAAAGACCUACGAACUCUGAUGAUCCAGAAGUUUUAUAAUCAAGUUUGUCUUUCAAGACCAGCCAUGAAUGAAUAGUUGGCAAGGGGAAUAGGCUGAGACUCCAGCUUACUAUCACAUUGAUUUGUUGUUAGCUUUUCUGUUAAGGGGAAUGGAAUACCAAAACAAAGAGCCUGUGUCAUUUGUCAGGAGACAGAUAUAUCUUCAAAGCCACUGUGUUAAGGGCCCUUCCUGGUGGCACAGGGAUUAAGUAUCAGCACUAUCAAGCUAUCACCAGCCACUGAAACGUGAGUUCGAUCCCUGGCCAAAGAGCUAACCAACAUGGCACAGCAGACCCCUCUUGUCUCACCUGCUGCUCCCCUCAGCAAUGUAUUCCAGUCAAUCCACCUGUUCUGCUCCCCACUCUGUCUCUGGUGAAUCCUUUCACUCACCCCACCCCACACCUUUGGACUACAUCCCGUUCUUGUAU